UAUGAAAUUUGCCCUUUAUUGAAUUUGUUAGUCAUUCAUUAUCAUUUUGAUCCAAACUUGCUAGUAUCUAGUGGGGCGGUUUUUCAAAUUAAAAUCACCAGCGCAAAUGCCUAUUCGUGGGUAAUAUGGGAACCUAGACGGUACACACAUUUUUCCCGCCAAUUUCAAACUAUCCGGAGUAGCUAUAUCUACUUCUCCUGUCAAUCUCUGACGUAUAAAAAUUGUUUUACAAUGAUAAAAAGUUUUGGAUCAAUCCGGAGCUAUGUCAGUCAUAGCAUACAGUGUUGUUUCAGUAAUGAGCAGUUAAGUAAUGAUCAUAUAAUCUUUUUGUGUAAGCAAAAGCUAUUUAAACAAGCUUUAGAGGCAUUCGAGUUGUUGGAAAAGAACACGUCUUGUAAUUUGUAUCCAAGCACGUAUGCUCAGCUAGUAUCCGCGUGCUCGUCUAUAAGAUCGUUGUAUUAUGCAAGAAAAGUACAUAGUCAUAUUGUGGAAUUGUCUAAUUAUAAGCCAGACAUGAUUUUUCAAAAUCAUUUGUUGAAUAUGUAUGGUAAGUGUGGGUCGUUGAAGGAUGCUCGUAAGGUGUUUGAUGAAAUGGCUGAACGGAAUUUGGUAACUUGGACUUCGAUAAUUGCUGGGUACUCACAAAAUGGUGAGGAGAUUGAAGCAUUGAAGCUUUACUUUCAAAUGCGACGGGUUGGGCUUGUACCGGAUCAGUUUACAUUUGGAAGCGUGAUAAAAGCGUGUUCAAAUAUGGAUCAGGUUGAGUUAGGGAAGCAGUUGCAUGGGCAUGUGGUUAAAGCGGAACAUGGUUUACACCUUAUUGCUCAGAAUGCAUUGAUUGCGAUGUAUACGAGGUUUAGUCAAGUUAAUGAGGCAUUGAAAGUGUUCACGCGUAUUAAAACAAAGGAUUUGAUUUCGUGGAGUUCAAUGAUUGCUGGAUAUGCACAGCUUGGUUAUGAAUCAGAAGCUCUUUCCUGCUUCAGGGAGAUGCUUAGUCAACGAAUUUACAAGCUGAAUGAAUUCGUUUUUGGAAGCGUUUUUAAUGUUUGUAGAAGUCUUGCACAAGCAGAAUAUGGAAGACAAAUACAUGGUUUAAGUAUAAAAUUUGGGCUUAGUUUUGAUGCUUUUGCUGGUUGUGCUGUUACGGACAUGUAUGCUAGAUGUGGAUGGUUGUGUUCUGCAAGAACUGCAUUCGACCAGAUAGGAAAUCCUGAUCUUGUAGCCUGGAAUGCUCUGAUUGCGGGGUUUGCAUACGGAGGUGAUCCUGAUGAAGCGAUGUCUCUCUUUUCUCAGAUGAGAACUUUGAGUUUGAAUCCAGAUGAUGUUACAGUUCGUUCUUUACUUUGUGCCUUUGUAAGCCCAUCUGCACUCAUUCUAGGAAAGAAAGUGCACUGCUAUGUUAUUAAGUGUGGCUUUGAUUUAGAUAUUUCCGUCUCUAAUACAUUACUUUCAAUGUAUUCCAACUGUUCAGAUCUUCCAGAUGCACAUAGAAUAUUCAAUGAGAUGAAUUACAAGGAAGAUUUAGUCUCGUGGAAUGCCAUUCUUACAGCCUUUCUACAACAGGGAGAUUCUGGAGAAGUCUUCUCGUUAUUUAAAAUGAUGCUUCUUUCUUCUAAUAAGCCUGAUCAUAUUACAUUAGUUAAUAUGCUUGGGGCUUCUGGAAAAGUAGCCUCUUUGGAAAUAGGAGACCAGAUUUGUUGCUAUGCCGUGAAACAUGGGCUAAGUGAAGAUAUCUGUAUCCAGAAUGCUUUAAUUGACAUGUAUGUGAAAUGUGGACAUAUGACAAGCGCUAAGAAGCUCUUUGAUAGUAUGAAGAACCCUGAUGCAGUCUCAUGGAGUAGUUUAAUAGUGGGAUAUGCUCAGUUUGGAUACGGAGAAGAGGCUCUAGAUCUCUUCCAGAAGAUGAGAUUUUUAGCUGUCAAGCCAAACCAAGUUACCUUUGUUGGAGUUUUGACUGCUUGUAGUCAUGUUGGACGAGUAAAAGAAGGGUGGCAGUUGUUCAGAGCCAUGGAAACGGAGUAUGGUGUUGCACCAACUAGAGAGCAUUGUUGUUGUGUGGUUGACAUGCUUGCCCGAGCUGGCUGCAUAGAAGAGGCAGAAGCUUUUAUCAAUCAAAUGGAACUUGAUCCUGAUAUUGUGGUGUGGAAAACCUUGUUAGCUGCUUGUAAGACACGUAAUAAUCUUGAUGUUGGCAAACGAGCCGCGGAGAAAAUUUUGGAGAUUGAUCCUUCGAAUUCUGCUGCACAUGUGUUACUCUGUAACAUUUUUGCUUCUACUGGAAGUUGGAAGGAUGUUGCAUCACUGAGGGGUCUGAUGAGACAAAAAGGUGUCAAAAAGGUUCCAGGUCAAAGCUGGAUCGAAGUCACGGACCGGAUCCAUGUCUUCUUGGCUGAAGACUGUGUGCACCCAGAAAGGGACAGAAUAUAUUCCAUGCUAGAUGAACUAUGGAUGCAGAUGCUGGAUGAUGAUUAUUUGCCCCUAGAGAUUUAGCUUUUAGCGGUACAACAUUUGGCCAAGAUGAGUAUCAGAUAUAAGCUUCCUGCAAUGUCCACAUUGUGGAGGCACCUUUACAGAACCACAUUUUACUUAUGCAGGUGUUUGAAUUGGUUUUCUGGAUCUUAGGAGGUCUGGAAAGUGGAAAACGAAAUUUUUCCACAUAGCUAUCCAGAGACAUGUUUGACUAGAGAGACACUGAAGCAGCAAAUAUUCUUGUAGAAAAGGUGAAAGCAGGUUGCUGUUUUCCAACAACAAGUUGUUAUUGUUUCAUAUAGCGAUGUCAGACUUUAGAUUAACUGAAGAUACCAUGGAAGAUUGCUGACAAAAAAGUGUUGAGAAGUAUUAUUACUACACCUGAAAGUUUGCAGGGUGUGACGGUGUGAGAUUGAGUCCUUGAGAUUCAGUAUUCUCGAAGCCAAGGAGCCACUUCAGGAUAUGGUAAGUAGAGCUCUGUGAGUGUUCUCAUCAAGAAUAGCACUGUUAAGGGCCUUGCACUUAAUGGAAGGCACAGAAAAAUCUAGUCUUGGGUAGGUCCACUCCUUUCUCAGUAAUGCUCACCUCGUUGAUGAAGAAGCACUGCCUGAGGCAGCCUUCAUCCAAAACGCUUGUGAAAUUUGUUGAUUCUUUGCUUACUGGCUGAAAGAAAGGCCAAGUGACACUUCCAUAAAACUUGUAAUCUUCUUAUGCCACUUGAGGAAUGGAUGCAGUGUAUGGUAUACCAACUAAGGCGGCAGAUUAAAAGAAUCACGAGUCGUAACUCUAGAACCCUUAGCUCCCUUGAAGUGAGGAAGUAAGCUUGUAUUUGCAGAAAGAAGGUCUGAGGUAAUCGAUUCCUAAUAGGGCUUUCUCAUACGCAGCCCCAGCUGGUAACCAUAUUCUCAAGCCCAAAUGACCGUCUCAUUACUAUGUCUGGGAAGAGAUGCAGCAUCUAGAUUGCCUGGAGGUAUAGAAUCAAAGCUAAUCUCUUUGGUUAGACUCAAAGGUAAUUAUUGUGGUGAAGUUCACUAAACUGUGCUUUGGACCAUUUUCUCUAAGAAAGUGAUUACUGUGUAAGAUUACAGAAAUGGUUAUUUGGGCUUACUUUAAUGGUCAUCCGCCAAAAAACAGAUUUCCAGUAUGAUACUAUAUGGCUGGUAAAGAAUAGGCACAGGGCUAAGAAAAAUGAACUCUUAAAUUUGAGCACUGCAGAUUAGAUUUCAGAAACUUGCUACUAGAAGAUAUUUGAUGUAAAUGGAAGUCCAGUUAUGUCAGAAGGAGUUGCUUCAAGUGUUCUGAGAGGAGACUGCAAGAUAGGCCUUAGACCGAAUCGAUCUAUGCUGGCUAUAUGGGUUAACGCCUUUGCAUCAG